AUGAGUGAAUUGCUGUGGUCGGAUCCCUUCGAGUUAAAUGCAGCUGAGGAGACACCUGAAGAGACACGCAUGCAGCAGCAGCAGCAGCAGCAGCAGCAAAGUGCUGCGCUAGCGGGAGGCGACGAGGACACGAUCCCAGCAGCAGCGAAGACCCCACUCGAUCCCGAAGGAUUCGCUCCUAGCAGCAGAGGCGCAGGAUUACUGUGGGGCAAGGGGUUAGAGUUGAUGGUUGAGGAUUUGGAGUUUUAG